UUGUAUCAAAAGUUAUUUUUCUUUUCACCUACAUUACAGUUAAUCCAAAACAAUAACACGCUUUCUUUUUUAUAUAUGACCUUACCUUAAUAUUUGCGAUACUAGAGAUCCAAAUUAUGUUGGAAAACAACAAAACGCUUACGUUAUAUUUUUAACAACAGAUUCUUGUAUCUCGUCUUGUUAUGCAGGAAGAAAAUUUGCAAAUGAUGUAGAGGAUCGUCUCAGUUUACCAGGUUUAGAUUGGAGAUUGUCAAAAAUUUCCUGUGUGAAGGAUAAUAGUUGAGUCUCACAGCUAUGUUUAGAAUGGAAGCCAUGUUGAAAAGGUGUGAGAAGAUUGUUGAUGUCGAGAUGGCGCAUGAUGUUUGAGACCAUGAUAUGCUCCAUUAGUUCGGAAGCUAUUUCUGGUGUAUGAAACAGACAGCUGAAGGAUAAAAAUUUGUGUCGUGAAAAAGUUUCUAUCAGAUUGUUUGUUUAUAAUGAUAAUGGUGUUAUUUUAAUGUUAUUGGUAUUUUCUACAUGGGGAAGGAAUAAAUUUAUGACUGAAAGUCUGAUAAAUCAACAGUUGUCGUUUGAAAAUUGGACCCGAUUGGUUUAUUACGGGCUGGUCAUAUUGCCAGUGUAAUACUUUAAUUUUAUAAGCGUCUGUUGAUUUGAUCACGAUUGAUCAAGUGGGCAAACUCUUCAGUAAGAUAACACACUGAUACCAGCUCAUGCGAGAUUAUCACCUGUUGCCAUUCUGUGUAUUUUUUACUUUGGUUUAAAUCUCUAGAACAUUAGUAAUUAGUAAUUUUGGAAAAAAUUUGAUAAUUAACAUAAAUCCCGCAGCCUGCUACAAUUGUCUGUAUGUAUUUUUUCCUACCAAUUUUAAAAAUGUACUAGUAUUAAAUGUUUGAGCAGUUUGCCCUCUGUCAUACUAAUUUAUGCCAUUCACUUUACUGCCUUUGAAAAUUUCAGCACUUGGAGCAUAUUAUGUUCCUCUUCCAAAGUUGCACACUGUCUAGCUUGCUAAAGCUGUGAAACUUAGGUAAUCAUGGCCCUCGUGUCUUAAUUUCUUGAAAAGUUUAAACUUCUAUACUUUGUUUAUUUAAGGAAAUGUUCUGACAAUCUGUGUUAUCUUUGACCGCUGACCAAUACUGUCACCAUGGUGAAGGAAAGCAAAGACAUCUGCCUCAACAGGAUUCAUACUUGUAACCUUGGGUUCAGGAUUCUAAUGAUCUGCAUAUGCUCUGCUAUGAAUACUUAAAGGCGUUAAAAAAACUCAAAGAAAUGGAUAUAAAGAAAGAAAUUGAGGAGGAAUCUGAAAUGAUGGAUGAACUGGUAAAUGAUAUCAAACAACUGAGUGAAAACGGAAAUGCAGAAAUUGAGGAUGAACCAGCUUACAGUGUUAGUGAGACAGUUGAAAACAGCAUUGUGAAGACAGAACUUGAUUCAGAUAUUGGAUUUUGUGAUGCUGAUGUGGGUUAUUCUUUUGAAAAUUAUGACAUAUCUUUAGCUGUUAAACCUGAAGAAGAAAAUAAUUCAGAUGAAAACACUGGACUAGAGAUUGAAAGAAAUAGCCUGAAAGAUGAGGAUCUUGAAGCAAAGGGAAAUGACUUUGUUAAAAUGGAAGCUGAACUAUACCAACAGAGUGAUGAUAGUUUAGAUAUUGUUGGAAAUGAUAACAGCUUCUUUACUCUAGACUAUACAGAAAAAACUGAGAGAGAGUUUAGCAGAAAGAGUGGAAGUGGUGCUUGUAGAAGUGGAACUAGAAUCAAUGAAGACGGAAGUUGCAAUGAUGAUGAAAGUGACACUGAAUUAGAUUAUGGUAAUGAGACAGACAGUUAUAAUGAGGAGGACUAUGAAUGUAAACUGGAUAUUGUGAUCAAAAAGGAGAAAGCUGAGUUUAUUGAACAAGAAAUAAAUGAAGGUUCUGUAGAGGAAGGAAAAGAUCAAGUCAUAGAUUAUGGACGUAAGACAAAAAAAGCUAAAAACUAUGUAUGUGAUCUGUGCAGUAAAGCUUUUACAUCAGAUAAUCGACUCAAACGACACAAGGAACAUCUUCACCCAGAUGGUGGUAAUGAUGACAGGCCUUUUAAAGAAGGAAAAUACAUUUGUGAGGUCUGCAAUAAAAGAUUUAUAUCACAGUCAAGACUUCGUCUACAUACAGUCACACACACAGGAGAGAAACCUUUUUCAUGUGAUAUCUGUGGCCAGAAGUUCUCCCACCCCACAAAUAAACGCCGGCACAUGAAAACACAUACAGGAGAUAAGCCAUUUGUUUGCUUGUUUUGUGGGAAGUCGUUUCCUGUCAAACAUUACCUCAAGGAUCAUUUGGUUAAACAUACAGGAGAAAAACCGCAUGAGUGUAAGCUAUGUUCCAUGACAUUUGCACACAGGUUUUCUUUAAAACAGCACGAGCUCUUGAAACAUCCAGGAGGAGAAUUGAAUUUUAAUGACACUUACGAUGAUCGUCCCUUUUCUUGUGAAAUGUGUGGCAAAAAGUUCACCCAGCAGUCAAGUUUGAAAAUUCAUGUUAGACUUCACACUGGUUCAAAACCUUAUAAAUGUUCUGAGUGUGAUGCUAGUUUUGUAAGAAGCGACUCUCUUCUGAGACAUAAAUUCGAACAUUCAGGACAACGUCCAUUUCAAUGUGAUAUGUGUGAAAAGGCAUUUACCUCUGCGUAUAUUUUGAAACAGCAUCGUAAUGUGCACACAGGAGAUCGUCGGCAGCAAUGUGAGCACUGUGGUGUCGAGUUAGCCAAUAAAGAGUCACUUACGCGUCACAUGAUGCGUCAUACCGGGGAAUCAUUGCUGGAAUGCGAAACUUGUCAUAAAAAAUUUGUACAUGAACAAAGUCUUAAAAGACAUCAGGAACAUCCUUGUGACGAAAAGAUUUAUGAAUGUAGAGUUUGUGAUUAUAAAAAUAGUAGUGAAUCAAAACUGAAAAGACAUUUGUUAAAACAUAAUGCACAGAAGUUGCUCGAGUGUAUGAUCUGUAAAAAUAAAUUUACUUAUCCAUCUAAUCUGAAAAGACAUAUGAAGGUACAUGAAAAAGAUCAUGAAAUGAAGACAAGACGAAAAGAGACCAUUAUAUCAAAUGAUGAUGUAGAACAAUUUAUUGCAGUAAGUAUGACAGAAAAUGAAAAGAUGGAGGACAUUAUUGUUAUUAAUAGAAAAACAAGAAAAACACAUAUAAAACCUAAAGCGAGUCAAGAAAAGACCAUCAGUGUGUUAAAUCAAAUAGAUGAACAAGAUGAUAAACUACAAAAACUGAAAGAAAAGGUUAAUUCAGUGAAUAGUGAUGCAGAUGAACCUCUUCUCGCAUAUCCUGAUUUUGCUUCAGAGGCUGAAAGACACAAGCAGAUAAAUGGCAGCACAGCUGAUGAUUUAAGAAACAGUUUGAAAAAAGAUAGGAAAAUGAAAACAUACUUUACUUCUCAGUAUGAAGGUAACAUUACUAGACUCAAAGAACAGUAUGAUGCUACACAGAAACCUGUAUUAGAUGAUAUAAGCCAUAAGCAACAUGAUGGACACAAUGAGAGAAAUAAGGAAUAUAAAGCGACUCUUGGUUAUAAUGUGGAACAUAAUCCUAUUAUUGUUGGAUCUGAAUAUUCACCGCCAUUUGAAAAUGAAAGCAGAAAAAAUGCUGCUAAAACCCAAAGUCAGUGUGAAGGAUAUAUAGACAUGUUUAUUGAACAGAAAGUAGAUGAUGCAGAUAGAGCAGGUAUAAACCAGACUUCGACUUGUGAUUUGGAGCUCAGGCAGAAUAUACCUGACAGUGAGACUUCAUUGUGUAAGAGUUUCGAUUCAGUUGACUCAGAUAGUCAAACUUUGUUCAAACGUACACACUUAGGAACAAGUGAUACAAGUGAUUGUAAUUCAGUAAGUUUACAAGCUCAGGACAAGAGGAAAGAAAAGGACACUGCACAUAUUUAUACCCAUUCCCUAGAUACAGGCCAUUUCUCAAACUACGUUCCAUUUGACUUUAAGGUGCCACAGUCUAAAGAUCUUUAUAGCACUGUUACACAGUCUGCGUACAGUGCAGUUCCAUACAAUACAGCAUUGUUUGCUGGCAGACUGCCUGCAUUUUCUGGAAGUUUUUGUACACCAGAUAAUUUAAAUAUAUCCAGAAAUGCAACUCUGUCAAAUGAAACAAUUUUUGGAGGUGAGAUCAGUCAGAUAGAACCUGAAGAUUAUGCAAACAUGAACACUAGAAGUAAAAUCCUUGUUCAAGAUAUUUUGAAAAAAAUGUACAGACAGAAAGAAGAAUUUGAUUCUAAUUCUACUGGUAGUUGAUUAGGACAACAUGCUUUUACAAAAUUUUUGGGAAGGAGUUGCUGUAUUUUUAGCUCACCUGCUCAGGUGAGUUUUUCUGAUCGCUCGAUGUCCGGCGUCCGGCGUCUGUCGUCUGUCUGUCAACAUUUAGCUUGUGUAUGCGAUAGAGGCUGUAUUUUUCAACUGAUCUUCAUGAAACUUGGUCAGAAUGAUUACCUUGAUGAAAUCUAGGCCGAGUUCGAAAAGGGGUCAUCUGGGGUCAAAAACUAGGUCACUAGGUCAAAUCAAAGAAAAACCUUGUGUAUGCGAUAGAGGCUGUAUUUUUCAAUUAAUCUUCAUGAAUUUUGGUCUGAAUGAUUACCUUGAUGAAAUCUAGGCUGAGUUUGAAAAGGGGUCAUCUGGGGUCAAAAACUAGGUCACUAGGUCAAAUCAAAGAAAAACCUUGUGUAUGCGAUAGAGGCUGUAUUUUCCAAUUAAUCUUCAUGAAUUUUGGUCAGAAUGAUUACCUUGAUAAAAUCUAGGCCGAGUUCGAAAAGGGGUUAGCUGGGGUAAAAAACUAGGUCACUAGGUCAAAUCAAAGAAAAACCUUGUGUAUGCGCUAGAGGCUGUAUUUUUCAAUUAAUCUUCAUGAAUUUUGGUCAGGAUGAUUGCCUUGAUGAAAUCUAGGUCAAGUUUGAAUAUGGGUCAUCUGGGGUCAAAAAGUAGGUCACUAGGUCAGAUCAAAGGAAAACCUUGUGUAUGCCAUAAAGGCUGUAUUUUUCAAUUAAUCUUCAUGAAUUUUGGUCAGAAUGAUUGCCUUGAUGAAAUCUAGAUCGAGUUUGAAUAUGGGUCAUUUGGGGUCAAAAAGUAGGUCACUAGGUCAGAUCAAAGAAAAAGCUUGUAUAUGCGAUAGAAGCUGUAUUUUUCAACUAAUCUUCAUGAAUUUUGGUCAGAAUGAUAUCCUUGAUGAAAUCUAGGCCGAUUUGGAAAAAGGAUCAUCUAGGGUCAAAAAUUAGGUCACUAAGUCAAAUCAAAGAAAAACCUUGUGUAUGCGAUAGAGGCUGUAUUUUUCAUUUGAUCUUCAUAAAAUUUGGUCAGAAUAAUUGCAUUGAUGAAAUAUAGGUCAAGUUUAAAUAUAGGUUAUCUGGGAUCAGAAAUUAGGUCACUAGGUCAAAUCAAAGAAAAACUUUGUGUAUGCCAUAGAGGCUAUAUUUUUCAAUUGAUUUUUCUGAAAUUAAGUCAGAAUGAUCGCAUUGAUGAAAUCUAAGGCAAAUUUGAAUAUGGGUCAUCUUGGGUCAAAAAGUAGGUCACUAGGUCAAAUCAAACAAAAACAUUAUGUAUGCGAUAGAGGCUGUAUUUUUCAAUUGAUCUUCAUGAAAUUCAGUCAGUUUGGUUCGAAUAUGGGUCAUCUGGGGUCAAAUACUAGAUCACUAGGCCAAAUCACAGAAAAUACUCACUUAUACUCAAGAUUUUAGCUCCAAUUUUAAUGAUAAUUGGUCAGAAUAUUUAUUUCCAUGAAAUCACUAGGUCUGACAAACAUGUUUACACUGUUGGUUUAAACAAUAUUUUAUUCAGUAUAAUUACAGUUGUUACAAUAAUACAUAUAGCAACAUUAAGGAUUGAGUAGGAAGCUAUAUUAGCUCUUUUAAAAACUCUCUCCCUGUAAAACUCUGUCCCUCUACACUGUUAUUUUGUGUUAUGGUGUGUUUCUCAGGUGAGCGACCUAGGGCCAUCUUGGCCCUCUUGUUUAAAUGUUUUUAUGAAGAGAUAACAAACAAGGAUAAAUAUCCAAUAAGAAAUGUCAAGUUUCAAAAAACCAUUUGGUUCGAAAGGUCAAGCACUUUCAGUGUUUUGCAUGAUUUUUAGCUCGACUUCACUGUUGUUUAAAGUUUUUGGUAAAGUCAAAUAUCUCUGCUACUAUCAAAGCUAUUGACUUGAAACUUAAAACAGUUAUUUACUAUCAAAGUCUACACCAGGAGAAACAAUCUCCAUGAUUGAAUUUUGACAGAGUAAUUCCCCUUCUUAACUUAGAAUUCUUUGGUUGAGUUUUUUAUAAAGUCGGAUAUCUUUGUUACUACCAAAGCUUUGACUUGAAAUUUAAAACUGCUAUUAACUGUCAAAGUCUACACCAGGAGAAACAAUCCCCAUAACUCUGAUUUGAAUUUUAACAGAGUUUUGCCCCUUUUUAACUUAGAAUGAUUUGGUUAAAGUUUUAUAGUUUUUACUGGCAAAGCUUUUAUUCAGAGUUAAGCACUAAGAAAAGUAGAGUGUGCUGUAUUACGGACAGCUCUUGUUUGAAACUGUGAAAACAUAGGGGGUAACAUUAAUUGUAAUUUUCCAUUGAGUUUUGAAUGGACAGGAAUUUUGUUCUGUGCAUUUUGUGAAAGAAAGCUGAAAUAUUUGGCAAAGAAUGAAUAGAGGUAUUUAUAAACUUUUUAGUUUGAAUGAAUAUUUGAUUAUAUGUUAUAAAAAUUGUUCUUGAAACAUUGUUAUUUUCAUCUUUAAAAUCUAAUCACAUUAUUGUAGUAGAAAACACUAGGUAGCUCCAUUUUAGUCUAAAGGUAAAAACUAAAUGGAAUGGUUGUAUUGGACAGAAUUAUUGCAGAUACAUCUGUGUUUGUCAAAUACAUUCUCUCUGAGCAGUAAGAUAGGUAAUUUGAUUGUAUUUUUUACCAGGGGAAUAUGGUGGGAUUACUUGGAUAAUCCAGGACAUGCUCUUUGCAUGACAUGUUUAUGUUUGAAACUUUGUAAGAUUAAAUAAUUAUGCUAAUUCCAAUUUUAAGGUAUAUUUAAGUUUGAUAAAAGUGCUUUAAGGGAUAUUUAAGAAGUUGUAAGGCGUGCACUAUAUUCUCAUUGAAAAUUAUAUUAACUGCAGCCAUACAAAGUUCAGAACUGUGAAUUAAUACAUUACUGUUACUUUUUGCGUGUAAUUAAACAUUUUAUUUAUUUGCAAGUUUCACUGUAGGUCUAUGUCCAUUUUUGGGAAAUUUAUGCAUUUUCCUGACAGGGAAUAAGUUUAUGUUGCAUGAAUUUACACUUUUUUUUAAUGAAUUCUGAAAUUAUUUAUUUACUUAGUUUAGUUAGAAAACUUGUAAACGUUUUCAGUUACAAUGAAAUUAUGUAUUUGUUGAGUUGUUUAUAUUUAUGCUGAAAUUAUUUAUUCUUUAGCUGCUGAUGUUGAUGACUCUAAAGGCAUAUAGUGUUUGAACUGUCCACUUGUUAUCCUGUCUAUCCAGCCUAUUUUCUAGCAUACUUAGUUCCUCCUACAGUUUUUGUAACAGUAAGAGCCAUUUAGAUGUCAUUAGGUCAUAGUCAAUGUAACAGUUACUAGAAAAGGUCAAUAUUUGUUGGGAUCAUCGAAAAGGUGGUUUCUGAUUUUCAAACUUUUGUUAUGAUUGACAUAUUGUCACCAAACUUUGUGUAAAGCUUAUAUGAAGAAUUAGCUUGGGGAUAUAUAUGGGUCAAUAAAAUAAAAUAUCAAACAACUUUGUUAUAGGAGCAUUUGUGGUCAAAAGGUAGGUCAUUAGGUCAGUUGAUAGCAAGACCUUGUAAACACUCUAUAGGUCACAUUUUCUAUUUCAUAUUUAUGAAAUGUUGUGUGAAUGUUAAAUAGGAUAAGUUAAAAACUGGGUUACGUGAGGUGAAAAACUAUGAUGUAUUUUGAGUGGGAAAAGUUCUAUGACUCAAACUUGUUGCCCCUUUUGUACUUGUUAGAAAAUGUCUAUGUUUUCAUUAUUUUCCCCCACUUAUUUUGCACAGUCACACUUGGAGAUCAUAGAUUAAAAGGGUCUGUUUUAUGUCCAGUCCAUAACUAUGCCAUUGAUCAAGGAAUUUUGAAAUUACUUGGUACAAAUGUACCCAAUAAUGAAAUGACUUGUCGCAUGCAAGAACCAGGCCUCUAGCUCAGAGCGAAGGUCACACUUGUCCGGUUCUUGUUUUCAUUAUUAUAUGCCCCGCCUGUUUUGCAAAGUCACUCUUAGGGGUCAAAAAGGUCAAAAGAAGGGUCUGUUUCAUGUCCAGUCCAUAACUGUACCAUUCAUUACGGAAUUUUGAAAUCAAGUGAAGGUGUAAAUAUAUAUGUUGACAUAUAAUUUUAUAUGUGCAUGCAUAAUUCUUUGUGCUCAUAUGUGUACUUGUGUGUUUGCAUGCAUAAUUUUAUAGGUGCACUUGUAAUUAUAGUUGGACAUAUAUAUAUAAACUUGAGCAAGAAAUAUGGAUGUGCAAGCAUAAAUUCAUACAUGCAUUAACUUUUGAAUUACAUGUGCAUGUAUAUAUAUAUAUAUAUAUAUGCGUACAUCCAUAUAAGCAUGCACCUACAUAUUUAUGGGUGUAUGGAAAUAUACACAUGGACAUUUUGAUAUGUGCAAGCACGCAAAGCAGACUUUCAACCCAAAUGGAACACCAUAGGUAUUUACGGAUGUGUAGUGAAAAAUUAAGUUUCAUUAGUACAGUAUAAAUGUCAUGCAUUUUAUUUGUUUAUUAAUUACUUCCCUUUAAUAUGAUAAAAUUUUUCAUAAUAGUUUUCUUCCUUUUUUAUUAACUGUUUAAAGAUAAUAUUGAAUUAAAUCUUUAUAAUACAGAUAUUUACAUUUGAAAGCACAAUUUCCUGUCUUAACUUUCUUUUAGUGACAAGGGUGUAGAACAGUUGAGCGUUCCUAUCCUCUAACACUUUUACAAGGCGAUGACAUGUGUUAAACAUUGAAUUUAAAGUUUUAACUAAGUUUUAAGUUAAUGGUGGUUUUAAGCCAUCGAGGGCUAAUGCCUUUGCAUCAGAUUUUUUUAUGAGUCUCUAAAUGGUGAAACUGGAGGGUUUCUCCCUGUCACACAUACCCUCUUCGGUCAGUGCAUAACAAAGUGGGAUCCUGCCAUGACAUUAGAAGUACAAGACAUUUUUCCAUGGAACUUUGUACAUAUAAUUGGAUGGCAAUAUGGAGAAUAUGCUGAAUAUGAUAUCCUAUUAUUUUAUUACUCUGGCAACAAACAUUAUUUUAUUACUCUGGCAACAAACAAGAAAGAAUUUUACAAAAAAUGGCAAAGUGGGAUCCUGCAACAACUUAAAAAGUACAAGAUAUAUUUUCAUGAAAUUUGGUACAUGGAUAGAUAGCAAUAUGGAGAAUACACAAACAGUUUCUUUCAGUUUGCAACAAAUGUGCUUACUAUGCCAAAAAAGAGAAAAAGAUAUGACCAAAAGUGGAUUUUGCUAGAAAUUAUGAAGUACAAGAUAUUUGCUGAACCUUGGUACAUGUGUACAGAAAGAAAGCAGUAUAGAGAACAUGUAGCCUGUUUACUUUUUCUGCUUGUUUGUCCAUCUGUCAGUUACAAAAAAUAAUAUGUUUACUUAAAAAAUGCAAUAGAUUUGCCAUGAAACUUGGUGUAUAGAUCACAAGUUAUUCAAGAAAAUAAAGGGCCUUUGAUUCAGUAUGUAAAACAUGUGGUUCCCAUAGCGGCAAAUGUGAGAGUUGCCCCUUCCAGUGUAGCCGAUUGGUUAAGGUCUCUGACUUUGAGUCACUGGCCUCUCACUGAUGUGGGUUCAAGCCUGUCUAGGGACUUUAAACUCUUCAUGUGAUGAAGGCAUUCAGCUGGCUCAGUAAUACUGGUCAAUUGUUCUCUCCAGUGCCCAUGAAAAGCCACAGAGUCGCCAUAUGACCUAUAAUUGUGCCAGUGUGAGGUUAACCCCAACAAAAAGGUGUUGGACUUUAAAGGCUUUGAAUAGUCUAGUGUUGUACCUGGAACACAUCUAGCAAACACCUACAGCAGUGUAUAUCAUGUUCAAACUGAGAAAGAUUGCCAUAUACUGGACCAUCGUGAUAGAUGCUAGAAGUAAAUAAAUGAUUCCAUUUGUUAGGUCACCUGAGCAUGAAGGGCUCAAGGGCGAGCUUUUGUGGUCAGUUAUUGUCCAUUGUCUGGCAUCGUCCGUUGUACCUUGUUCGUCAACACCUCCCAGCCUAAACCACCAGUCCAAUUUUGAUGAAACUUCACAGGAAUGUUCCUUGCCUGAUGCUCGUUGAAAAUUAGUCAAAGAAAUGAAUUCCAUUCAAAAUUCUGGUUGCGAUGGCAACCAAAAGGAAAAAAACUUUAAAAAUCUUCUUGUCCAAAACCACAGUAGCUAUGGAUUUGAUAUUUGGUAUGUGGCAUCAUCUUUACCAAAUUUGUUUGAAUUAUCCCCCUUUGAUCAAAUAUAGCCCCGUUGUGUGGGGUUCACAUGGUUUACAUAGAUUUAUAUAGGGAAAAACUUUAAAAAUCUUCUUGUCCAAAACCACUGGGCCUAAGGCUUUGAUGUUUGGUAUGUAACAUCAUCUAGUAGCCCUCCACCAAGAUUGUUCAAAUUAUCCCCCUAGGAUCAAAUAUGACCCCUCCCCUGGGGUCAUAUGGUUUAUAUUGACUUUUAUUGGAAAAAAACUUUGAAAAUCUUCUUGUCAAAAACCACAGGGCAUAGGGCUUUGAUAUUUUGUGUGUGACAUCAUCUAGUGGUCCUCUACCAAGAUUUUUCUAAUUAUGCCUCUGGGGUGAAAAGAGGCCCUGCCCCAGGAGUCUCAAGUUUUACAUAGACUUGUAUAGGAAAAAACUUUAAAAGUCUUCUUGUUUUAAAUCACAAGACAUAGGCCUUCGAUAUUUGGUAUGUAGCAUUGCCUGGUGGUCUUCUACCAAGAUUGUUCAAAUUAUUACACUACCCGGGGGAUCCUAAUUUUAUAUAGACGUAUAGAAUUUUUUUUUUAAAUCUUCUUGUCUGAAACCACAAGACCUAGGCCUUUGGUAUUUGGUAUGUAGCAUUUCCUUAUGGUUCUCUACCAAAUUUUUCAAGUUAAAACCCUGGGGUGAAAAGAGGCCCCACAUGGGGGGUCCCAAGUUUUACGUAGACUUAUUAUGUCUCCCCCAGGAGACAUAUUGUUUUUGCCCUGUCCGUCCGUCCGUCCGUCUGUACGUCCGUCCGUCCAUACGUCACACUUCAUUUCCGAGCAAUAACUGGAGAACCAUUUGACCUAGAACCUUCAAACUUCAUAGGGUUAUAGGGCUGCUGGAAUAGACGACCCCUAUUGUUUUUGGGGUCACUCCGUCAAAGGUCAAGGUCACAGGGGCCUGAACAUUGAAAACCAUUUCCGAUCAAUAACUAGAGAACCACUUGACCCAGAAUGUUGAAACUUCAUAGGAUGAUUGAUCAUGAAGAGUAGAUGACCCCUAUUGAUUUUGGGGUCACUCCGUCAAAGGUCAAGGUCACAGGGGCCUGAACAUUGAAAACCAUUUCCGAUCAGUAACUAGAGAACCACUUGACCCCGAAUGUUGAAACUUCAUAGGAUGAUUGGUCAUGAAGAGUAGAUGACCCCUAUUGAUUUUGGGGUCACUCCGUCAAAGGUCAAGGUCACAGGGGCCUGAACAUGGAAAACCAUUUCCGAUCAAUAACUAGAGAACCACUUGACCCAGAAUGUUGAAACUUCAUAGGAUGAUUGGUCAUAAAGAGUAAUUGACCCCUAUUGAUUUUGGGGUCACUCCAUCAAAGGUCAAGGUCACAGGGGCCUGAACAUGGAAAACCAUUUCCGAUCAAUAACUAGAGAACCACUUGACCCAGAAUGUUGAAACUUCAUAGGAUGAUUGUACAUGCAAAGUAGAUGACCCCUAUCGAUUUUGGGGUCACUCCAUUAAAGGUCAAGGUCACAGGGGCCUGAACAUGGAAAACCAUUUCCGGUCAAUAACUUGAGAACCACUUGACCCAGAAUGUUGAAACUUAAUAGGAUGAUUGGUCAUGCAGAGUAGAUGACCCCUAACGAUUUUGGGGUCACUCUGUGAAAGGUCAAGGUCACAGGGGCCCGAACAUUGAAAACCAUUUCCGGUCAGUAACUUGAGAACCACUUGACCCAGAAUGAUGAAACUUCAUAGGAUGAUUGGUCAUGCAGAGUAGAUGACCCCUAACGAUUUUAGGGUCACUCUGUUAAAGGUCAAGGCCACAGGGGCCUGAACAUGGAAAACUAUUUCCAAUCAAUAACUUGAGAACCUCUCGACCAUAAUGUUGAAACUUCAUAGGAUGAUUGUUCAUGCAGAGUAAAUGACCCCUAUUGUUUUUGGGGCCACUCCGUUAAAGGUCAAGGUCACAGGGGCCUGAACAUUGAAAACCAGUUCUGAUCAAUAACUUGAGAACCACUUGACCCAGAAUGUUGAAACUUCAUAGGAUGAUUGAACAUGCAGAGUAGAUGACCCCUAUUGAUUUUGGGGUCAGUCUGUUAAAGGUCAAGGUCACAGUGGCCUGUUCAUGUAAAAUCAUUUUUUGUUAAUAACUUGAGAACCACUUGACCUACAAUGUUGAAACUUAAUAGGAUGAUUGGACAUGCAGAGUAGAUGACCCCUAUUUAUUUUGAGGUCACUUGAUCAAAGGUCAAGGUCACAGGAGCCUGAACAGUGACUUGAGAACCACUAGGCCAAGAGUGUUGAAAUUUAGCGGGAUGACUGGACAUGCCAAGUAGAUGAUCCCUAUUGCAGCCAACCAUCAGUGUCUCUUUGGUUUUUGCUCCUGACCCCUAUUGACUUCUUGCCUAUAGGACUUUGCAUUGGGGGAGACAUGCGCUUUUUUACAAAAGCAUUUUCUAGUUAUAUAGGAAAUUUUUUAAAAAUCUUCUUGUCUCAAACCACAAGACCUAGGCCUUUGAUAUUUGGUGUAUAGCAUUGCCUUGUGGUCAUCUACUAAAUUUGUUCAAAUUAUGUCCCUGGGGUGAAAAGAGGCCUUGCCCCGGGUGUACCAAGUUUUACAUAGACUUGUAUAGGAAAAAACUUCAAAUUUUUUUGUCCUGAAACUCCAAGGUCUAGGCUUUUGAUAUUUGGUAUGUUGCAUUGCCUAGUGGUCGUUUACCAAGAUUAUUCAAACUAUGCCCCUGAGGUGAAAAGAGGCCCCACCACGGGGGUCCCAAGUUUAACCUAGACUUAUAUAUAUAGGAAAAAACUUUAAAAAUCCUCUUGCCUGAAACUGCAAGGCCUAGGCUUUUGAUAUUUGGUAUUUUGCAUUUGCCUAAUGAUCCUCUACCAUAAUUGGUCAAAUUAUGCCCCUGGGGUGAAAAGAGGUCCUUCCCCGGGGGCUCCAAGUUUUACAUACACAUAUAUAGGAAAAAAAUCUAAAAAUCUUCUUCUCUGAAAAUUCAAGGCUUAAUCUAUAUUUGAUAUUUGGUAUGUAGCAUUGCCUAGUGGUUCUCUAACAAGAUUGUUCAAAUUAUGCCCCUGGGGUGAAAAGAGGCCCCGCCUUGGGGGUCACUUGUAUAUGAGUUAUAUAGGAAAAAACACUUCAAAUAUUAUCUGAUCAUAUUUCCAAGAUUGUUUAAUUAUAAUUACCUGAUUACCCCAAGUAAUUAGGGGUCACUUGACUCUGACCUUGAUCUACUGACCUACUUUCUUGUUUUUAUCUCGACUUAACGAAGUAUGGAGAGCUAUCCUACUGGACCUGGCAUUGGCAUCCUUCCUCGUCCGCACUUUGGUUACAGUUUUGAUGCACUUUCUCUUUAUUUUUGUUAUUGCUUGAUGGAUUUACUUCAAACUUAAAAUAAUUGUUCCUUAUCAUCACCCACAUCAUAUGGCACAAGGAUCAUAACUCUGGCACCAAUAUUUCAUGAAUGAUCCCCUCUUUUCACUGAUAAUUUCAGGUUAAAGUUUUGAUGCACUUUCACUUUAUUUCAGUUAUUACUAAGUGGAUUUGAUUCAAACUUAAAAUAGUUGUUCAACAUCAUAACUCACAUCAUAUGACACAAGGGCCAUAACUCUUGCACCAGUAUUUCAUGAAUUAUCCCCCCUUUUUACUUAGAAUUUCAGGUUAAAGUUUUGGUGCACUUUCAUUCUAUCUCAGUUAUUACUAAAUGGAUUUUAUUUAAACUUAAAAUAGUUGUGCCACAUCAUCUCGCACAUCAUAUGACACAAGGUCCAUAGUUCUGAUACCAAUAUUUAAUGAAUUCCCCCCCUUUUUGCUUAGAAUUUAAACCUUUUGAUGCACUUUCAUUCUGUCUCAGUUAUUACAAAAUGGAUUUGAUUAAAACCUAAAAUAGUUGCUUAACAUCAUCAAUCACAUCAUAUGACACAAUGGCCAUAACUCUUGCACCAUUAUUUUAUGAAUUAUCCCCCCUUUUUAUGCCCCUGGCAUCUACUGAUGCGGGAGGCAUAUGGUGAUCAUCUGUCCGUUUGUCCGUCCGUACGAGGUUAACCAAAUGGGACCGUUUCGUCCAGCAUCAAUACCCCUAACUACAAUGACUUAAUACUAAUGCAGAUGUAACCUGUGACUAUUUCUCAUCUUCAGACAUCACCUGACCUCAGUUUGACCUUGACCUUGAACUUGACCUCGUUUUGGACUUAGGUUGCUUUGUAUCGACAAGGAUGCCACCGGGGGCAUUCAAGCGUUUAUUGAACGCAGCCCCUUGUUACUUAUAAUUUCAGGUUAAAGUUUUGAUGCGCUUUCACUCUAAAUUAGUUAUUUCUGAAUGGAUUUGAUUCAAACUUAAAAUAUUGUUCCACCUUAUCACCCACAUCAUAUGACACAAGGUCCAUAACUCUGUCACCAGUAUUUCACGAAUUAUCCCCCUUUUUAUUGAUAAUUUCAGGUUAAAGUUUUGAUGCACUUUCACUUUAUCUCAGAUAUUACUAAAUGGAUUUGAUUCAGACUUAAAAUAGUUAUAUAAUAAUAAUUUUUCAUGAAUUAUGCCCCCUUUUACUUAGCAUUAAAGGUUAAUUUUGAUGCAAUUUCACUAUAUCUCAGUUAUUACAAAAUGGAUUUGAUCCAGCUGGCUUACGGAAGGUCGGUGGUUCUACACAGGUGCCCGCUCGUGAUGAAAUAAUGCACGGAGGGGCACCUGGGGUCUUCCUCCACCAUUAAAGCAUUAAAGUCGCCAUAUGACCUAUCAUGUGUCGGUGUGACGUUAAAUCCAACAAAAAAAAAAGAUUCCACAUGACACAAGGUGCAUCACUCUUGCACCAAUAUUUCAUGAAUUAUGCCCCCUUUUUGCUAAGGAUUAUACUUAUUUUAUGUUUUGAUACACUUGAUCCUUAUCUCUUAUUACUUAAUACUUUUGACACAGACUCAAGCUAUUAUCCAAUAUUUCAUCCACAUUGGAGUCAUUAAACACUCCAAUGACAGCUCCAGCUUCGUCAAAUGUGCCCAGUUUCACUAUCCAGCAUUGAAAUAGUCAAGCGCCCUGUCUCCUGUGACAGCUCUUGUUUAAGAUACAGCCUUGAAAUUUGGAUGACAUGACCCCAUGUGGUUCUGGGACAAGCUGUGUAUGAAAAGCAUUGGAACCACUGCCUUACCCUUGCAUGAUCAUAAAAGGCGACUAAUAGGGUCUUAACACUUGGUUUUGCAGUAACUCUGUGAUUCCAGCAGGUAUACAAAUUUUGAUUCUAUACCUCAUGUUUUUAUUUCGAUGUAAAUGAGAUGUAAAACCAAAAUUUGUUGUCCUGUUUGGCGCCAUAUAACCUAUACUGUGUUGGUGCGCAGUAAAACCCAAAUAACUAAAUAGAUGACAUGUACAGUUUUGCACACCGAUCAUAACAGCAUAGAAAUUUGGACCACGUCCAUAACUUUCGAUAAAGAUUUCAGUACUCAUCUUUAAAUGUUCUUAGCCCUGACCUACUGACCUACUUUCUUGUUUUUGAAGCUACAGCCAAGAGAUUUGUAUAAUUUUUAACAGAUUUCAGUACUUUUCUUGAAGAAUCUUUACCAUGACCUUCUCAACUAGUUUUUGUUUUUGUUUUUGAAGCUUUAGCAAAGAAGUUUGGUCAAGCACGCAGUUAAACUCAGGUGAGCGAUAUAGGGCCAUCAUGGCCCUCUUGUUUUGGUACUGUUACUUGUGUUAUAUUAUACAGCAUAAUAAUAUAUAAUUUAUACCUCAGUUAAUAGUAAUUAAUGAUACAUUUGUUAUAGGUAUUUUCUUGUUAAAUGUAUAAAUUUAGCAUUUUUGUUAUAUUUAUAUAUGAAGCAUUGCAAUAAAACAGAAAAUGUAAAA